UCGUCACUCCUCAUCACUUCGUAACAAACUAACAAUCACGUUUCUUCUUCAAACGCCAUCUUCCAUUUGCACCCUCAAUUCCUUCCAUUGCUUCCCUAAUCGCAUGGCUCCGAGGCGAUCCAACAAGAAGCGAGAAACGCGAAUGGACGCAGCCAUUGACGCCAUGGCAGUGAUGGGAUUCGAAUCAAAGCUCGUCAGAUCAACCGUCAACCACCUCAUCAAGAAUGUUUAUGGCUCCGAUGGAUGGCCCUUCAUUGAAGCCGACGGUUACAAAGAGCUCAUUGAAUGCCUGAUUUCUGAUCAGGAACAACAACAACCGCCAAACGCUUUAUCAGAGGACAAAGAGGAAAACCGAGAAGAUGGCCACAGUGAGGCAUCUCCUUCUGCUUGCUCAAACAGAACCCCCUUUCAACCUUGCUCUAACACUGAAAAUACUGAUGGUGCAUUAACAGUUAAUCAGACCAUUGACACCGUAUCAGCAUCCAGUCACACAAAUAAUCAACCUUCCUUCAAGGCUGUAGACUCUGCAUCAGCAACCGGUGAAACUCAUGAUCAACUUCCCAUUGUCGAGUCUGCUGAAACUCCACCUGCUGUUAAUCAUCUUCCUAUCGUAGAUUCUGUUGAAACUCCAGCUAGCAUCAAUCAACUUCCCAUUGUCAAGUCUGAAGAUGCGGUGCCGGAAGAGAAUAAAUCUAAUUUUAGGCUUGCAUAUUCUCCUCCUCUUAAGAUUGAGGUAUCACCACCUAUGGAGAAUUUUGGUUGUAAAAAGCGUAAACCGUGCUAUGGCUGGAUUUCUGAUGAUGAUGAUGAAGAAGAAGAAGAGGAGAAGAAGCUAAUAGAACUGCCUCCAGCUUCAAUGUCUAAAGUUAGAACUAUGCUGGUAAAUGAAAGGGUCAAUUAGUGCAAACAAGGUUAGGGUAGUGGAUUUUGUAAAUGCUGUUCAUAGUAUGCACUUAAGUCUCUAACCUGGUGUAUAAUUAAUACCUGAGUAAUCAGGUUGUGCUCGUUAGAAGAUCUUAAUAAUUGAUUAAUACUUAUCGUCGAUAGUUAAAUAUAGAAUAUCUUAUGUCUA